CAAGGACAGGAAGCAAAGUGGGUGACAGAGGGAGAGGCCCACGGGGGUGAAAGGGAGAGAGGGGGAGGACGGAGGGAAUGGAUGGCAAGGGAACGAAGAAGCAACUGUGGGAAAGUGAGAGUAUCAGGGUGAGAUGAAAGACCAAGUUCCAGCGAAGGGCCUAGAGAUGAGCAAAAGAAUAAAGAUGAGCAAAGGCCUGUUAGACUUCCUGCUUACCCAGGAAGAUGGUUCCGAAAGUUGCUAUUCUGUUAAGGGUAACUCAGGAUCUCUGCAUCUUACAGACUUCGUCUGGUGCCAAGCAGAGAGAAUGGAUGGUCGGAGAAGGAACCUGGAACCUCCAUCAACUUUUGGAAUGCUUCAAUCUUCAGGUCUUGGUGGGCUCAUUCCUCCAUCUCAUUUCCAAACACGGCCCCUUCCAGGCAUGUCCAGGAUGACCUCAGUCCAGUCUCCACCCUUGCCCCUAAUCCUGCCUUCAUCCCAUCAUAGUAACCAUAAUCAUAGAUGGGAGAAUCAUAGACUACAGAUUUUGAGGCAACAAGAUGGAGCAGGUGAUAGUGAGGAGCCGAAACGAAGAGGCAGGUCUCUGGAACAUGUGGGGCCACAGCACUUGAGAUCCCAGACUGAGGUAAUCUCUCAGCACCUGGAAGAGAUGCGAAGACUGGAGAUGGAGAGCCAGGCCUUGCGGGUGGCAUCAGCCCAUCAGAAGGCCCAGUUGGCAACCCAGGCUGAGGAACUAGAAGUCUUAGGACAGGCAGAGCAGGCAAUGCGGGUUGAAGUAGAAGAGCUUCGUACUGCCUUGGCUGGGGCAGAGCUCAUCCGUCAGAAAUUGGAAGAAGCGAACAAACGAGAGCUGGAAGAGACUCAGAAGCUUCACAAAGAGCAGAUCGCCCACAUGACAGCAGCUCACCAGGAAGUUCUUACUACUCUGGCCAACAAGGCCCAUGAGUUAGAGGAGAAACUGAAGGCCAUGGAAUCUAAGAGGGAAGAAGAGACUAAGGAGUUGACCCUUGUCCAGAGAGAGGCUACGAUGUUAAGGGAGGAACUAAGUAAAGCCCAUGCAGAACUUGAGACCCAGAUGGCCCUUGUUGAGCAGCUUAGGAGGUAUAUAGGGGAUCAAUUCCCCUCAGAGAGCAAGAACCUGAUGUGGGAACAGGAGCGGAAGCAGCUGCUGGAGACUGUACAGCAUUUGCAGGAGGAUCGAGAUACCUUAUGUGCCACUUUGGAGUUGCUACAAGUUCGAGUGCAGAGCCUCCAAGACAUACUUGCCCUACAGGAAGAGGAGCUGGGUCAGAAGGUCCAACCCACCGACCCCCUGCAGUCUGAGGAAGCCAAGAAGGCUCAGGCCAUGUUGAGCCGGUGGAGGGAAAAAGUGUUUGCUUUGAUGGUCCAGCUGAAAGCCCAAGAGUUGGAACAUACUCAACAUACCCAAAAACUGAAAGGAAAGGUAGCAGAACUCGAAGGGGAGGUAGCAUCCAGGAGCCAGGAGUCAGCCAUCUUGCAUCGAUCUUUGCAGGACAAAGCUGCUGAAGCGGGGGUAGAAAAAGCAAGCAGCAAGAUGCUGCAGGGGGAGCUGAUCCGAGCUCAGGAUGCCAGGCUGUGGCAGCAGCAGCAGACAAAAGUGGCUGAAGAGCACGUGAAACUUGUGGCCAAUGCUGUGAGCAGCUCCCACAACUGGCUACAGAAUCGGGUAGCUAAGGUGGAAGAGGCUGUAUCUCAGCUUCCCAGACUCAAUAAUCGACUUGGCUAUGCCACCCGGCAGAUCCGUACAAUUCAAGGCCUCGUGGCUCGGAAAAUAGCACUUGCACAACUGCAUCAAGAACAGAGUUCCCCAGCCCCACUGUCUGAAGAAAUGGGACUUGAGUUGCAGCAGCUAAGAGAGGAACGAAAGCGAUUAGAUGAUGAACUACAAUUGAGUGCCCGCCUCAUCCAGCAGGAAGUGGGCCGGGCACGGGAACAAGGAGAGGCAGAGCGGAUUCGACUGAAUGAAGAGGCCCGGCAGUUGGAGCAGGAGUUGCAAAAGACCCAGGAAUCUUUGGCUGAGGUUGGGAUUCAGCUGCAGGCAGCUAGACUGAGUCAGAAGGAGAGCACAGAAGAGGCUGCCUGCCUUCGGCGGGAGCUAACCCAGCAGCAAGAGGCCUAUGGGAGAGCCUUACAAGACAAGGUGGCUGAAGUAGAGACGAGGCUUCGGGAACAACUUUCAGAGAUGGAGAGAAGACUGAAUGAAGCCCGGAGGGAACAUGCUAAAGCUGUGGUCUCCCUUCGCCAAGCCCAACGUCAGGCAGUCCGAGACAAGGAACGUAAUCAGGAGCUGGGACGUCUGCAAGAGGAGGCCCAGAGGGAAGAAGGAGUCCGGUUGAGGCAGAGGCUUCAAGAGUUAGAACGAGACAAGAACCUCAUGUUGGCCACCCUAAAGCAAGAGGGUCUCCUUUCGCAAUACAAACAACAGCGGCUAUUUGCAAUUCUUCCUUCCCCAUCACUGGAACCCAGCCCUGGAACCUCUGGAACUCUGCUCCCCACCAGAGAACUUUUGAAAGGAUCUUCUCUCUCUGACUUGCUGGAAGAUCUACAAGAAAUGAGUGAGGUUAUCACUCGAGAAGAAGAGGAGGGAGACAACGGGAGAUGCUCGGUUGUAUCACGGGCAACAAUGACCAAGUCUUAGAGGUUCAUGAAGAAGGGGGUGCGCCAACAUGGCCACAGGGCCCUCCAAUCCCUGGUGACCCCUGGCCAGGGGUACCCCCUGUUUUUGAAGA